ACAGGUGAACAGCAGGUGUAACGAGAGCACAGUAACGCUUAUACACAUUCAAUUUGAGAUUGAUGUUUGGAUAGAAUGACUGACUCUCAUUGACCAUCAGUCGGAAAAUAAGUGGAGCAGAUACUGUGUUUUGAAGGGAUCACUGGCAGGGCUGCAGACGUGAUAAUGCCAAGAGCUGAAUCCACUGCAAUGGACAACUCGUGUCAGGCCCUGUGCCGAAACUUAGUCACUCAAAAUGGCCUUCAGCCAGAAAACGUGGACAUUUCACAGUCUGUACUAUACACAUCCAUCAUGGGACUCCUGCUGGUGACAGACAACGAGAAAGAGCUGCAACUGGGAAAUGGACAAGUUGGACUACGUAACGUUGGAAAUACUUGUUUCCUCAAUGCGAUCGUGCAGUGUCUCUCUCACACUCGUAGUCUUCGGGACUACUGUCUGAUGAGAACUUACCUUCAGGACAAACACUCCAACCAGGAACCUGUGCUUAUGAAUGAAUUCACUAAAGUUUUGGCUGGCUUGUGGGAAUGUGAUGGUGGGGAAACCACAGUGAAUCCUGGGAAGUUUUAUCACGUCUUUAAAGAUUCAGUGCCUUACUUCAGUGGCUAUUGUCAGGAGGAUGCUCAAGAGUUUUUGCGGUUCCUCCUGGACAGGCUUCAUACAGAAAUUAACCGUCGUCCAUCCAAACGUCCUCCAGUUAUGGAAAUUAAGGAACCAACAUACACAAGAUUCAGGUACUCCACAAAGAGACAGAUCUUGAAAAGAGCAAACUUACAGUAUCUGGAGUCAUUAAGAGGCUUUGAAUCACUCAUUGUCUCCUGCAGGAUUUCAGAGGAGGCCUUUGCAAUGUGGCAAAAGCAUCUUGACAGGGAUGACAGUAAAAUUGUUGAUUUGUUCUCCGGUCAGCUGCGCAGUUCUUUGCACUGUUCAGUCUGCUCUCAUUACUCCAACACCUUUGACGUGUUUUGUGACCUGUCACUCCCCAUCCCAAAGAAGAGUGAUUAUGGACGCACCGUCACACUGAGAGAGUGUCUAGACCUCUUUUCACAAGAGGAAAAACUUGAUCAAGAAAACUCCCCAAUGUGUGAGCGGUGUAACCGUCGCACUGAGAGCACAAAGAGACUGUCCAUCCAAAGGUUCCCUAGAAUCCUCGUAAUACACUUAAAUCGAUUCGCCAUGUCAAGGUACUCAAUCUCAAAGAGCACAGUGCCCGUGUCUUUCCCUCUGAAUGGGCUGGAUUUAGGGCCAUUUGGACCUGUUGACUGUGGUCCAGUGCUGUAUGAUCUUUAUGCAGUGUGCAAUCAUUCAGGCACAGUAAAUAUGGGUCACUACACGGCUGCUUGUCGAGAGGAGGAGGGCUGGUGCUACUAUAAUGACUCAUGUGUUGGUGAAAUAACAGAGGACAAGCUUCAGUCCAAUCAGGCAUAUGUUCUCUUCUAUGAGCGCAAAAGCUGCAAUAUCACCAGGAAAUGAGGGCAGAGAGCGUGCUGUUGUGAGAGACUUCUGUAAUUAUCUGGCAAAUUUCAGAUACCACUGAAAAAAUGUUGCAUUGUGAUGUUGGGAGAAAGUGAAUGAGCUUGAAAAAUACUGGUCAAUUUACAUGAUUAAGUUUCAUUGUAAAUCCAUGAUAAUGAGGUAUUUUUAUGAGGUAAUGAGGUGUUUUAUUCACUCAGGAAACCACAUUCUUUUAGAAAAACAUGCCUGUUGUAUAUAAAAAAACAUCUAGAUAUGUAAUGACUUGUUUGCACUGAAAUGUUUUAUUUUUUUCAGCAUUUUCUUAUUCUCAAAUCAAAAUCUGUACUUUGUAAUUUUAAUGUAAUUUUAAUUAAGAGUGGAAAAACAGGGAUGAACUAAACAUGGAAAUUCAUGCAGCUGGUGGAUGAUAUAAAAUCUUUGUCUUUUCUGUACAUUAUGUCUGGCUUUACACAUGUUAUAGAAUCUUUUAUCUGUUAUCUUUUAUAGAAUGACAUGCAAAAUUCUGUGCCAUAAAUGAAUGCUCAAUUCCUCCACUAAACCUGUUUGAUCGAGUGUUAGAUUUAACAUUCACCCAGUGUAUAAAUGUAUAAAAAUGGUUUUAGUUUAGACAUAGAGGGAAUGAUUGAAAGCAUGC